AUGCCAUCUCCCUCCUCUUCCUCGGCCCUCUCAGACUCCGCGCACAAUGUAUCGUCGCCAGCGGGCGCGUCCGCAAGCCAUAAUGGCACCAGCGACAGUGCAAUGCAACAGCCACAAGGCCCAUCCAAUAACGACGCGACAGCGGACGGACACGACGUGAUACGAGAGGGGAAGGAGAAAGCCAAGGCCGUGAUGGCUGCGUCGGGGGUAAACAUCGAGUCCGACUCAGCCCGGGCAGCAUCUCCAUCCCACGACGAUACGUCGCCUGCCACCACUGGGACUGUCAAUGGCACCACCUCCCCGAGUCGAAAACGGUCGCGGUCGGGCUCGCGAUUACCAUCUCAGCCCGCUGCUCAGACGUCUUCACAACCAGGAAUCCCCGAGUUUCUCUUGAACGAUUACAUGACUCGUGAUUUGCUCCAUUCCGUCGCUAUGAACGAACAAUCCGCGCGGAACAAAGCUCUUUUCGAAGAGAAGCUGCAGGAGACCGAAUACUACAAAGGUCUCCUGCAAAUACGAUCGCGCGAUCCUGGAUCGAUUUACGGAUAUGGCUACAUGGGAUACGGCAACGGUAUCACAGAGGCGAAGCCAUCACGGCUGGAAUACCCGGCGACGAGGAAAAGGCCGGGCAACAGAAGAUCAAAAACACUACACAUAUCCAGGAAGGAGGGCGCGACACAAGCCGAUCAACUAGAGGAACUCGUGCCCGUCCGACUGGACAUCGAAUUCGAUAAGAUAAAACUGAGAGACACUUUUACCUGGAAUCUGCAUGACCGCGUUAUCCCUCCUGAGGUCUUCGCCGAAAACCUCGUGGAGGACUUUAGACUACCCCCAGAAACCAGGAGUCUUUUGACGCAGCAGAUAAAUCGCGAAAUGGCAGAGCAGAUACAAGACUUCUACCCACAUGCCUUCAUUGAGGACGAACCACUCGAUCCACACCAACCCUACAUGGCAUACAAGAAUGACGAAAUGCGGAUAUUGAUCAAGCUUAAUAUUACCAUUGGCCAGCAUACGCUCAUGGAUCAGUUUGAAUGGGAGAUUAACAACCCAUUGAACUCGCCGGAAGAGUUUGCCAGACAAAUGGCUCGCGACCUUUCACUAUCAGGAGAGUUCACAACAGCAAUAGCACACUCGAUCCGAGAACAGACGCAAAUGUUUACGAAAAGUCUCUACAUCACCGGGCAUCCAUUUGAUGGACGUCCAAUUGAAGACGCAGACGUACGAGAGGGCUUCUUGCCUUCUCCUCUUCCGUCUGUUUUCCGGCCAAUGCAAUCCGCCAAAGAUUACACGCCCUAUCUCUACGAAUUGAAUGAAGCAGAAUUAGAACGGGCGGAACUGUCAAUUUUGAGAGAGCAGCGGCGACAGAAGAGGUCGGUGAACCGUCGCGGAGGACCAGCAUUACCGGACCUCAAGGAUCGCCAACGAACAGUUCGUACACUGGUUGUGUCGUCCGUCAUACCAGGAGCUGCAGAGUCGGUUGAGACCAGUCGUGUCUUCAAGCUAUCUAGAUCUGCAUCUGGCCGCCGCGGCCGUGCUACAGGACGAACUGAUGGCGGGGACGAUUCCGACGAGUCCGAUAGUGAAGAUUCGGCGCCUGAGUCCCCUGCGCCCUCCCAAAUUAUGGGUGGCACUGCGCGGACUAGAGGGAUACGAGGCGCAGCGACUGCAGCUCAAGCUGCCAUGCGGGCGAACCUGGGCAGGUCGGCAACUCCAGAGAUUGCGUCUUUGCAACACCAUCAUGAGACAAGAACUUCUGCCCGACGAUUCGGGGUCUAUGAAACGAGAGAGGAGAGCGUUGCUGAUCCCACUGCUCUUAUAGUGAAACUUCGGAUUGCUCCCAAGAAGUUCCAACAAUGGUUGCAGAGCCAAAAGGCAAAGCAAAGCGGCGAGUACUCGUCGCAGCGAAACCUAUCGACGCCUCUAAUGGCAUCACAGACCGCAACGCCACAGCGUAGUACUCCCACAGUAACCUCUAUGCCACCACCUCCAUCGCCCGCACUCCCACAACGCUCCACUCCCACCGCAGCUUCGAAUGUUGAGGCUUCUCCUAGCAAGUCUUCAACCCCAACACCGGCCGGUAGCAACACACAAUGGAAUUACCUCCCUGGCGGCCGAACCGAUGCACCAUAUCCCCUGCCGGCCGGUGCACCCAUGCCUCCUCCUCCGGAAUGGUUGAGCAAUGCUUUACAGAAGCUGCGUAAUAACUAUCCAAUUGAUGACUUCGAGCCAGUCAUGCGGUACAUUAUCGUCAAUCAGGACAGCGGUUCACCCUUCAAAGUUGACAACCUUCCGCUUGGAGCUCCACUACCAUCCCACGUCAAAGCCCAGUACUGCCCAAGGAUUCGUUGUAACGAUUGCCCUGGAAAGCUAUAUACCGCUGGUCCAGGAAUGACCGUGGAAAACUUCGAAGUUCAUCUACGAAAUAAACAGCACAAAAUAGCGAUCGAGAAACGGACAGGA